AUGGCUCCAUUAUUCAAGACUUUGGCUGCCGCCACGGCCCUCUACGCUACUCUUGCGACUGCUCUUCCCGUUCAGCAGAAGCCUACCAUCUGGUACACCGCUACCGAUGUCGUUGUAAAGACCAUCACCAAGACCACAACCGUCUCCGGCGUUCCCGGUCCCGACUACACUGUUCCUCCAGCUUAUACCACUUCUACCACCCCUGCCGUUCCGACCACUGUUCCGGACACGGAGCCCUCUUAUACUCCAGUCCCCUCGGCUCCAACCACGACUUCUACUCCACCAAAGGAGACUUCUACGUCUUACAGUGCUCCGGCUGAAACCAGUUCCACCUCUGCUCCUCCACCCACCACCACCACCACUUCCAGUGAACACUCCUCCGCUGAGCGACCACUUCAGCCACACACACGCAGCACAACACACCCUCCACCAGCCAGCACUCCCCCUCCAGAGUCCAAACCAUUAGUGAUCAGCGUCCCACCAAUUGCUGGCGGUGGCAGUGGCUACUCUGGACCUUGUGCCGCCGGUGCUGCCUGUAUCGGUGAAAUCACCUUCUACGAUGGUGGAGUCGGAUCUUGUGGCUCCGACAUUGACACUAAUGGCGAGAAUGCCAUUGCUCUGCCAUUUGAGCUCAUGGGCCCUCUCAGCAACAACAACCCAUACUGUGGAAAGCAGGUCAGCAUCACUUACAUGGGUAAGACCACUACUGCUACCGUCAAGGACAAGUGUAUGGGAUGCUUUGGCAACAACAUCGACAUGACCCGCAAACUCUUCUAUUUCUUCGGUGAUGAGUCUCAGGGCCGUAUUCACGAUGUCGAAUGGCACUUCAUCUAA